GCUCAUAGACGAGGAAUGAGGAAACAGGGAGGGUAUAAAACUCACACCUGUUACUGUUGUGCAAAACAUCCUGACACAGGCCUGAAGAUGGCGUUUUUGCUUCUCCUGGUGAUGCUGACGGCAUGUGCUGCAAUGCCUCAAGAUCUGUCUGGUAAAAUGUUGACCUUCCCGGAGCAAACCAACACGGCAAAUGUGAGACUGAUAACAUCAGCACAGAAUUUCAGUGCUGUAACUGUCUGUCUCAGAUCAUUUACAGACCUCAGCAGAGCCCAUGCACUUUUCUCUCUGGCCACAUCAUCUGUUCACAAUGCCUUCCUGAUAUUUAAGGAUGUUGAAGUGAUUGAGCUCUAUGUCCAGGAUAGAAGGGCCAAUUUUGCAGCAGAUGACUACAAGCUGAACAUGUGGCAAUCUGUUUGUUCUACAUGGGACUACACAUCUGGUCUGGUGCAGCUGUGGUUAGAUGGAAAGCCCACAAUUAGGAAAUUCAUUGGUGGAUCAAGAAUCGGUACACCCAUUAUCAUCCUCGGACAGGAGCAAGAUUCCCCUGGUGGGGGAUUUGAUGCUGAUCAGUCCUUCGUUGGCAUGAUGUCUGAUGUCCACAUGUGGGACUACGCCCUUUCAACCUGCGAGAUCAAGCGCUACGUGGAAUAUCUGAACUUCACCCCGGGGAAUGUGCUCAACUGGAGGGCGUUGGAGUUUGUCACCAGUGGAAGAGUGCUGAUAGAAGAUCAACAAAUGACCUGUAUGAUGUAGCCACAGUACAGCAAGACCUCAAGUAAUACUCCAUACAAGGUCUUUUCUUUUGAGUAUAACACGCUAACACACUGUAGACGUAAACAGUGGUUUUAAAAAGUUUGUGACUCAGUCUUAGGGAAUUGCGGUGGCUUUAAUCAGCUUGAAAUUAAAAAAAAAAACGACCCAGUUUUACAAAUUACAAUCCUUAUUUCUGAUGCCAAUCUUCACUGUAACUGUGCAAUUGUUGUAUGUAAUCAUGUGACCUUUGUGAUACAUCUUCGGUCUGUCAUGUCUGUGAUGUUCUUCAUGACAGCUCAUUAAAAAUGGCACAUUUUGCA